AUGUCAGCCAAGGUCGCUAAAAAUAAGAAGGCCAAGCGAUCUGCGCGUUCAAAGUUUUUGAAGGAACUUUUGCUCGCCGAGUUCGAGACCAGAGAGCACAAAAGGGGCGCUUAUAGUUCGGCGGAUGAGAAAAGAGAAUCGGAUUUAGCAGAUCAAAGAGAGAUAGACGAAGCGAACCAUGAGAUGGAGCAUCUUUUGAACAUGGUUCGACUGUUUUUUCAUAUGGAGAAAUUGAUGUUAUUCUCGCUUUUGGCGUGUUUCGAUUGUUUUCUAUAUUACUUCACGGUAUUCCCCUCAAGGCUGCUGUACGGCUUGCUCCGCAAUCAGAAACUCAAAAAUGCGAAUAAGGAACAUCGGAUGCUGGCAUUGAUAGGGUUGGCAUCGUUAAUUUUGCUUCGAGUGGAUACUUCAAGAGUAUACCAUCGGAUAAAGGGUCAAAGCGCCGUGAAGUUAUAUAUGAUGUUUGGAGUGCUGGAGAUGGGGGACAAGAUGCUCUCCUCAGUUGGGCAGAGUCUGAUGUUAGUUGCGAACGCUAAGAAAUCUAAUAAUUCAAGCAGAUCUCUUAGAUUUCAGUCUACAAUGCUAUACUUGAGCGCUAUCCUGUAUCUGGUGUGUCACGGAUUUAUUUUGAUGUACGAGACCAUUGCACUCAAUGUUGCGGUCAACUCGUACUCAAACUCUCUUCUCACGCUGUUGCUGUCCAUGCAAUUUGCAGAAAUAAAGGCAAGCGUUUUCAAACGGUUUGACAAGGAGGGCCUAUUCCAGAUCACCAUUUCAGACAUCAUGGAACGGUUUCAGAUGUUCAUCUUGCUAACCAUUAUAGCCAUCCGAAAUCUUAUUGCUUCGUCAACCUCCUUAUCCACUCUAAUUCCCGACUCUUGGUCGUGGAGCUCUACUUCAUCAACUGCCGUAGGGAUUCUCUGCGGACCUAUCAUAACUGUGGUAGGUAGCGAGGUCCUUGUUGACUGGAUCAAACAUGCCUACAUUAUCAAGUUUAAUCGUGUCAGGCCACAGAUGUAUGACACUUUCCUACGAAUCUUGGCGUGGGACCACACUCACAACUUACAAAAAUUGCAAGCUCGGCUAGGAUUACCGAGUCCAGCCCUGGUAGUUCUUUUUAUUGUCAUGAUUAAACCGGCCCUAGACAUAGCACUACUUGAAAUGUCGACGUCAAUGAUAGGGUCUUUUUCCAUUGCCGCGAUGGGCUUCGUGUGCCUAUUGUUGUCGAAGUUCGUGCUACAUUUGUUGUUAAAUAAGUGGUCUCAAAACUUAGAGGACCCUGGCAACCUCCAUACUUUCCUGGUGGACGAAAGUAUGUAUGUUCCAGGAAUUCCGUCAAGUGGGCAGGGGAAAAUGGACGAGCAGGCUCGUGCCAAGUUGUAUAAUUUCAAAGCGGGAUUUAAUGGUAAAGAAAAUGCUCUGGCUCCCCCUAGUGUCGUCGAGAAAAGGGCGCAGCAUGAUUCAAAACGCAGCCUUAAAAGUGUCGGUCGCUACAAGAUGGUGUCCAAAAGGAUAUGGUAG